AUGGAACAAGUCCGGAGCUUGUACAAGAGCGAAAUUGACUUUGCAGCACUCGCGUUGCAGUCACGAGAUUUCGCGAAACACUUGAGAUUUGAUGACCAGCUGGACUUUCAUGAUGAAGCUGCUGUCAGGCAAUUGACAAUCAGUCUGUUGGAGCAUGACUUUAGUCUUCGAGUGGAUCUUCCCAAGAACCGAUUAUGUCCGCCGGUGCCAAACAGACUGAACUACAUCAUCUGGAUACAAGACCUGCUGGAUACAAGUACUGCAGGUGUUCGUGAUGGCUAUGACCCUGAUCGAGGAGUCGUUGGACUGGAUGUAGGAACGGGAUGCUGCAGCAUUUACCCACUGCUUGGUUGCAAAGUUCGUCCCCGGUGGAGAUUCAUCGCAACGGAUAUCGACGAGCAAAAUCUUCAGACUGCUCGUGCGAACGUGUCGCGGAAUGGUCUAGAUUCAAGGAUCAAAAUUAUCAAGUCCACCGCAGACGCUCCUUUGUUCGCACUCGAUACUUUCGAGCAGGACACGCUUGACUUUACCAUGUGCAACCCUCCAUUUUACGCUUCAGAACAAGAUAUGCUGAGCUCAGCAGAGUCAAAAUCCUACGUUCCGUUCUCAGCCUGCACUGGAGCGGCGGUGGAAAUGAUCGUGGCUGGGGGUGAGGUCGCGUUCGUGACUCGCAUGAUUGAAGAGAGCCGGCAGCUGCGACAUCGGGUCCAGUGGUACAGCUCGAUGUUGGGAAAACUGAGCAGUGUCACGACACUCGUGGAGUUGCUCAUCAAAUAUGACAAUAACAACUACGCAGUGACCGAAUUCGUGCAGGGCAGCAAGACGAAGCGAUGGGCCCUUGCGUGGUCAUGGGAAGAUCGAAGACCGUCGAUGGCUGUGGCUCGGAAUAUUCCUGGCUUUCCGAAACAUCUUCUUCCCUUCCCGGCAGAUUUCACAUUCACAUUAUCGGCUAACACCAAUAUCGACGGCGCAAUCAGUAGAAUGAAUGCAGAAUUCGCUUCUCUCCCUUGGCAUUGGACCUGGCACAAAGAUCUCAGCGCAGGUGUUGGAUUCGCGCCAGAAAAUGUGUGGUCUCGACAAGCUCGAAGGAAGAUGAAAUUACUCGCCGGACAAGCUCAGUCUGGGACAUUGCUAGCUGUUCCAAAGGUCAUUGCCCUAGGAGUUCGAGUUCAGCUCAGGCUACUUCCAGGCGAGGACCGAGAGUCCAAGGAAGUGCAGGCAACGAUCCGCUGGAUUCAGGGAACCGACAGUGUGAUUUUCGAAAGCUUUUGCGGGAUGGCAAAACGAAAAAUAGAAGGCAGGUGA